UGAAAAAGCACAAAUAUAGAAAAAUUAAAUCGAUUUGCUUAACAUAGCUUUUUCCGAAAAGUCCAAUGACGUUUCUACCGUUCAGUAAAAUACUGAGUAUUUUAUUUUAUCUCAUCUGAACUCCUUUAAAUUCUAUUUCAUUUCUUUUAAAAUUUUUACUUAAGUAGUGUAAUAUUUUAUAUUUUUUAUUGUUUUUAACAUUUUCUUUUUCGUGUAAUAAAAGUGGCUGUUUCGCUAAGUUUCAUUUGCCUGACUAAUUAACAAAUAAGAUAGUUUGAUUGAUAGCAAUGAUAGCUACGUAAACUUCAAAAUUAAGUAAAUAACUAAGGUUAUUUUUAUCAACUUUAUAGGAAAUUUUUGACGAUGAAAUAACAAUAAGGAGGUUGAGUUUUUUUUAACCAUUCUGUUAAAUAGCACACUUAAAAGUGAACGAUGACUUUAAUAUCUAAAUUUUUACCGCUUUUACGGAACGGUAGCACCACUGAAAAGAUUCCUGCCAUAUUACAAACUAAAUUUAGAACUAAUACCCGUUACUUCUCUUCUGAAAAAGAAAGUGGUUUGACUAAAUCCAAAAGCAAAGAAAGUGCUUCCCAUGUAUCUACAGAUGUAAGACCCUUAGGAGAAAAAAUCAAAGAAACUACAAAAACUGUUUCUUACACCGGCGUAAUACUUCUCGGUGUCGGAGUCACAGGUGUGAUUUUCUUUUACGUUUUUCGAGAACUGUUCUCAAGUAACAGUCCGAACAGCAUUUACUCAGAAGCUCUUGAGAAGUGCAAACAGGAUCCUAGAGUAGAAGAUGCUCUUGGUGCACCAAUAAAAGGUUAUGGAGAAGAAACAACUAGGAGAAGACGUACCCAUGUCAGUCAUGCAGUAUAUGAAAAAGAUGGAGUGAAACAUAUGAGAAUGAGAUUCUAUAUUAAAGGGAUAAGAAAUAAAGGUGUUGUUGAACUUGAUAUGAAACAAAAUGAUUAUGGAAACUAUAUGUGCAGAUAUUUGCUGGUACAACUUGAUGACUACAGUGGAAAAACAUUUAUAAUUGAGGACAACCGAGCUGAAUUAGAUAAUACCAAACCUGAUAUCGCAUUUCCAACCUUAACUCUCACUCAGUGAUAUAAAAUUAACUAUGUAACAUGUAAAUAGUAAAGUAGAUAUCGAAUAAAUGAUUAGCAAAAUAAAA